CUCACAGAGGGAAUUGUACUAACAGCUGUCCAGAAGAAAAUGAAUAACACAUCUUGUCCUGGUGUCAGCUUUGACUUUACAGCCAGAUUUCUGCCUCCUGUUUUCAUCUUAGUAUUCAUCAUUGGUCUGGUGGCUAAUGGAUUGGGACUGAAGUCUUUGCUGCAGAAUUGGGAGAAACUAACAAUCAUAAAUGUGUUUGUUCUCAACCUUGGACUUGCAGAUAUUCUGUAUCUACUCACACUACCAUUCUUGGUGGUGUACUACUUUAAGAAGAGUACAUGGAUCUUUGGAGAUGCAUUCUGCAAGAUAACAAGAUUCUGCUUCAACCUGAAUUUAUAUGGCAGCAUUGGAUUCCUUACUUGUAUAAGUGUGUACAGGUACCUGGCUAUUGUCCAUCCAGUAAGAAUGAUGAGAAGAAUCACUGUCACUCAGUCUGUGGCUAUCUCAGUCAUGGUUUGGCUGUUGGUGGGUGUUCAAAGUCUUCCAGACAUGUUCUAUGCCAAAACCAAAAGGAACAGAGCAAAAUGCUAUCAUACCACUGCUACAGCCUAUGUUGAGGAUUACCUGAAAUACAGCCUUGGAUGGACACUGACUGGGUUUUGUAUCCCACUCCUCAUCACCCUGGGCUGCUAUGGACACGUGAUUGUCGUUCUCUGUCGCAAAAAUACCACUCACAUGGAACUUAAACAAAGAAGCUUGAAGUUGUUGUUUAUUUUGAUCCUCCUAUUCUCUGUUUGUUACAUCCCUUACCAUGUAUUCAAGAACCUCACCCUCUGGUCAAGAGUUCUGGACAAACAGAAGAUAUGUCGUGAAUGGUCUAACGGAGUUUACAUCGCUCAUCAGAUAAGUCGUGGCCUUGUGUGUCUGAACAGUGCUAUCAACCCUCUGGUUUACCUCCAUGUGAAUGAAGAAAUUCCUGCUCAGGUCAGACAGCUGCUCCAGCGAGCUCGUCAGAUGUCCAACCGUUUGUUUCUGUCAAACUUAGACUCUGUGUCUGUGGCUCAAACUGCAGAUGAAGAUUAACAAGAUUUAAGAUUUUAGUGUUAAUACUUUCAUAACAAAUGCUUAAACAGCUGUUCCUACAAGGCUGUCUUGCAGUGAUCCAUCAUAGGUAGUGUUGUACAAUGUGAAUGAAUUUGUCAGUUUUUCUUGUAAAUGUUGCAUUCUUUGUGUUGCUCAUGAUGCUGUCAAAUCUUCCAGUUAAACAGGAAAUUAAUGGUAACCACAGCUCAUGAUUUGUCACUGUUUGUGGAGCGAUAAGAAUCAUGUAAUGUUGCUGCGUGGGUGGGGUGUAUAUACCAAUUUAAAACAGGAACUUGUUAGAGAAAUGUAAGUAUCCUCUUAAUGCACUGUACACAGGAUUGUCAUUAUGUUAGCAUUACUGAUGUUGACGAGCCUGCAUCAACUACAAAUCACUAAUGAGGUGUGAAUGCUGAUGAUAUAAUGGAGAAAUCCUACAAAAUCACAUGAUUCAAAUCCCUCACAAAAUAACAGAUUUUCAACGAGCAUGGCGUAAGCUCAGGCAUGAACACUGAAGUCAUGCUCGUAGUAGCUGAUUGGCAUCAGUUGUUUCAUAUACUGGAAGAUAAUAUCCAGUCAUCUUCAGUGCAGUAGUGUGGGUCAUUGAAAUGUUCUUAAUAGUUUCUGGCAACAGUUGAGCUCUAUGGCACAGAGGAAAAGGAUAUAUCAGGCUUUGGACACAUAAUUGCUCGUAGGAGACAGUGAUUGUUGGUUUUUGUCUUUUCAAAGGAUUUGUUAACAAUAAGCCAAAUAUCACGCGCCUUAUCUUCUAAAGGGUGGGAUUACUGUUCAGAGACUUGACAGACUUGUAAUUGACUUGUAGGUUAGUUUUAUAAAGACCUGUGACCUGAUUUGUCCCCCAAACAUCAAAACAGCUCCGUACAAUACCGUUGAAAGUUAAAAUCUGUGACUGACAUGCACUGUGUGGCCGCUGAACCAGUUUCUUUCCUUCUGUUCAUAAAGAACAGGGAAAACAAUAUUUACACCAUAAAAGGAAAUAUAAUGAAAUGCAUCCUGUUUUAAAAUAAAAUACCACGUCACACCUUAAACCUCAAGAUGUCUGCAUUCACACCUUGGGAGAUGGUAUGUGUUCAUUUUCUGCUCAUCACAACACUGAGAAGGUUGUGGGGGAAAAAAAAAUUGAUCAGGAAGCCAGUUACUUGAAACAU